AUGAUCCACGUUGCCUGCGGCCAAAAAAUACUUGGCUCACUUAACUACUUAGAUCGUUGUGACGCCUCCGACCUGUGUCCAAGACACCUCCAAGCUGCCUCCAGACAACAGUCAAGGGGCGGGGCAAAGGUCGCAACGGCGAUAGGCUGCCCCGACUCAAGGGCUCCAGUGAGCGAGUCGACGCCAUCCUUCGCUUGGUUGAUGCACGCCAGGGUUGAGCACAAGACCCGUUCAGUCUAG